GAAACAAUUUCAGUCCCCAUUGAGUAGUCGAUGUGUGCAAUUGUUAAUUCGUUUCAUCGUCCAUUCGUGCAAUUAUUAUUGAACUCGUUAUUAGCUAGCCUGAUUAACUCGCUGAUUCUUACUUGGUUGUUAAAUUAUCAACAAAACGUGCCAAACAAGUCAGUCGCUUAGACGGAGUGUGUGACAUAGUGCGUCCUGUUGGUGCAAUAAGCAAAGCAGAGUGCUUCAGAAAGAGUCUUAAGAAAUAAACUGCAAUUCGCAAAUCGCAAAGAACCUGUCUGUCAGCCAGCGUUUUUCGCUUACAACGAACAUCGAUUGCCUGACCGAUACACCAGUUGGUGUUUUACAGUUUUGGCGAUUUUCGCUUUUCCUUUCAUACGGCAUUCGCUGUGGAGUUUUUCCUUUUUAUUUCGGAACUACUGCAGGCGCCUUGCAUGUACAUCUGUGUGUGUUUGUCAACACAAAAACAAUUGGCGAUGAAAAGUUAAUGUAAUAAAAUUGAAGAGAAAUCUUUAGCACACAAAACCGAUAUCAAGAAGGAGCAACAGAUAUCAAGAACAAAAACAGCGACAGGACAGACGGCGUGUGCGCGCAGCAAAGGCAGACAGUCCAUAAUCGGUAACAGCCUUCGCCAAUGAGCUUUAAAUGAAAGUGUUCUUGCCGAACUGUCAGUAUAGUCUUGAAGUGCUAGCUCAGGUGUCUGGUUGCGCUGCCCCCGAAGCAAAACGCAUUCAUGUGCAUUUAUACGCGAUAAAGCGGAAACAUUCAGAUCGAUAAAGCGAUAGGGAAAAAGUGAAACUUAGUAAGCAUAUUGAUUGCAAUUCAAUAAUUCAAAUCAUUCUGUGGACUGCAAAAGUGUUUGAACCAGAUUGAACUAGCCAACGUGUUUUAAUUAGUGUUGGAUUAGAGCGCUUGCGCCGGAAAAGUAUACAAGCAGUAUAGAACGAUCGUAGAAACCAAACUAAAAGAUAACACCAAACAAUCAACGUAACCGGCAACAACCCACGACACAAAGAACAACACAAACAAGCAUAUUUACAACAAGCUAUAGCAUUAUUAUAUAUGUAAAGCAACAACAACAGGAACAAAGAAAAAACUGUAAAAACUAAAGUACCGUAUACCGUAUAAAAAUCGAACGGCGAAAGUCAACGUGCAACAAGCAAGCUUGAAAGCCCAGCCCAGCCCAGCUGCAAGCACCGUGGCAAGAAUCAGUGAGAGAAUCUGACUUGGCGUGUAUAGCUUACAAUAAUUAACAACAACAACUGCAACAGGAGCAACAGCAACAGCAAACACUAGCAGCUCACGACGUACAAACCGGCACGGCAUAGACAAAUACUAGCACCGUUAGCACAAUGGCCUUAAUUAUGAAAUACAUUGACAGUAUGCAGAGAUAUAUGGACUCAUAUGGCGAUUCAAGGACGAAGGAUUGGCCGAUGAUGUCAUCACCAUUCCCCACAUUAGCAGUUUGCCUCACAUAUGUUUACUUAGUUAAGGUGCUUGGCCCACGAUUAAUGGAGAAUCGUAAACCAUUCCAGUUACAAAACACACUGAUAAUCUAUAAUGCAGCACAAGUGAUAUUUAGUGCAUGGCUGUUUUACGAGUGUUUAAUGGGCGGCUGGUGGGGUCAUUACAGCUUUAGAUGUCAGCCGGUGGAUUAUAGCGAUGAUCCCACUACGAAGCGUAUAGCAUUUUCCGGUUGGCUAACGGGGCAUUAUAACUUCCGAUGUCAGCCAGUCGAUUAUAGUAAUAACCCUAGAACGUUAAGGAUGGUUCACGCGUGUUGGUGGUACUACUUCUCCAAAUUCACUGAGUUCAUGGACACGAUCUUCUUUGUGCUGCGCAAGAAGACGAGCCAAGUAACGACGCUGCAUGUCAUACAUCACGGCUGCAUGCCGAUGUCUGUCUGGUUCGGUGUCAAGUUCACACCAGGUGGUCACAGCACUUUCUUUGGUCUGCUCAACACAUUCGUGCACAUCGUCAUGUAUACGUACUAUAUGUUCUCGGCCAUGGGUCCACAGUUCCAGAAAUACUUGUGGUGGAAGAAGUACUUGACCACACUGCAGAUGGUUCAAUUUGUGCUGAUCAUGGUGCACGCCUUCCAAUUGCUCUUCAUCGAUUGCAACUAUCCAAAGGCGUUCGUUUGGUGGAUCGGCAUGCACGCUGUGAUGUUCUUCUUCUUGUUCAAUGAAUUCUACAAGAACGCGUACAAGGGUCGCCGCAUGAAACACAAAAAUUUAUUGAUGUUCAUUUUGCAGCGCAAAAUGAAGUACGACGACGAUGUGGACGAAGUGAAGCAGAAGGAUAGCAACAACAAAGCUGCUGAAGAUGAGGAUAAGAAAGCGUUACUCGCUAACGGUCACGUCAGCAACGGCGUCAUCAGCAAUGGCAGCGUUGCCAACGGUUACCCGAAGAAUGGCUACAAAACUGCAGCAGCGUCGGCGCCAGCGACCACACUGAUCAAUGGCAACAGCGCCAGCAUGAACGGCAGCGUCAAGACGUCGACGGCGAACGGCAGCGUGUACAAGAACGGCGAAGCGCCGUUGCUGGCCAACGGACACAGCAAAAUGGUGGGUGGUGAGUUGGCCGCGCAGCUGACACAACGCAAAUUGCAGCAACAACAAAAAUAAUAUAGGGCCACAGGCGGCGGCGUAGUGGCGCAUACGCUGGCUACGGCGUCGGCGCUGGCGACGACAGCUAAGCAGACCACAACACACAAAGCUAAGAAAACACAAAAACAAUUACAAAAACAAAAUAAAGCUAAAAAACAAACAUAAAAAAUACAAACAAAACAGAAAAGCAAGAAAAAAACAACCACAACAACAACACGCAAAGCAAAGCCAGAAAAUUAAGUUUAUAAUUAAUUGAUUAAAGUAUAGUUAUUACAAAAGGAAAUUAAUUAAUUGAAAGCAUGUGGAAAGAAAAUCAAAAAACCGGGCGGAAAGAGAGAGCAAAAAGUUAAUGAGCAUUAAUUUUUUAUUAUCUAUCCUAUAUACAUACAUACUGCAUUAAAAUUAAAUUUAUAAAUUUAUACACAUACACACACACACAUACAUACACACGCAUAUAUACACACAUACGAAAAGCGCGCAUGCGCAUGCGCAUACUUACCAAAGCAGCAAGUAGCUGGUAGCUUUUUGCCGCCGCGUGUAGGAAGCCGAUAAUAAGCAUUAAGACAAAACUGCAUAGCAGGCAAUAGCGAACAGGAAGUAAAAAGCGCAACCACAGCGUUGCCAACCAUUUGCAAGUGUAUAAUUAGUGCGCUGCGAUUUGCUGCUCAAACUAAAGUGAAGAUAAAAUUUUUAUUUAUUUUUUAGAAAAUUUCUAUGCAGUGACAUAAAACAAUGUUGCACAACAAUGUUGCACUUGUUUUACGGCUUAAAAUUUUAAACAAAGCUUUAUUUUUAUCGUUGAAGGCAGUUAUACAAACGUUUACUUUUUCACUUAUUUCAUUUUAAAAAGUUUUAUUAAAUAUGUUUCGAGUUUUUAUAUUUUUUCAACUUUUACCAGGCCUCGAUCAUAUUGUGCGCAACAUAUUCUUUAAAUAUUGUUUAACGGUUACUAACUAAUUUCACUGGCGGUUUAAUAUGGGCAUGUGCCCAAGAUAUACAAAUUUUUUAUUAACUUAAUUUUUAUGGAAUCAGUUUAACAGACAAUUUAAGUGCUGCUCCAAAUCUAAUUUUAUUUUAAUGUUCUAAACAGAAAAACUUUAAAUUUUUUAUUGAAAUUUUUUACAAUUAUAAUCGCAACAAUGUUUUCGCUGAAAAUUAAAAAAAAAACGUUUCGCAACAAUGUUGCUGAAAAAUUAAAAAAAAAUGUUUCGCAACAAUGUUGCUGAAAAAUUAAAAAAAUGUUUCGCAACAAUGUUGCUGAAAAAUUAAAAAAAUGUUUCGCAACAAUGUUGCUGAAAAAUAUGAAAACAUGUAUUGUUGAAAAUUUUUGGAAAAAUAUCUAAUAAGUUGAAAAAAUAUUGAAAGUUGAAAGUACAUAAAAAGAAAAUGAAUGUAAAAAGUAAAAACAAAUAUUUCGCAAUAAUGUUGAUAUACAAUAUAAUUUAUAAAACAUAUUUUGAAACAAUGUUGCUGAAAAUUAAAAAAAAAAUUCGAAGCAAUGUUGCUGAAAAAAUGUAAAAAAUUAAAAAAUGUUUGCAACAUUGUUGCCGCAAUUUUUUAUUAACAUCUGUAUAUUGCAAUUUUUUUAAAUUUAAUAGCCAUCGAGCGUAAGCAAAAUUUCGAAACCUUUUUAGCAACAUUAACGUUGCCAGUGGUACUCGUAGUAUAAUCGGUAUUUUUUUAAUUUUUUACAAAUAAUUUAUAUUUAAUAAAAUCAAGUUAAUUAAGGAAGCUUUUAUAUAUGCUCAUACACAAUAUGUACAUACAUACAUGUAUCUCAACAAUGUUGCCAGUAACAUUUUCAACACUAACGGCACAUAGAAAAUAAAGUGAGCUAUUACUAUUGCGCAACAAAGCGCCUUGCAAUAUGUUGCUUGCAACAUUCUCUUCAACAUUCAUUCCUUUUAUAUUUAUUUUUUGUUUUUAUAUUUCUUUAAUCAAAAUCAUGUUGCGCAACAAAACGCCUUGCAACAUUCUCUUCUUCAACACUCACGUCUUUUUAUAUUUUUCUGCUAUUUUUUCAAUUUCUAUAGACAAAAUCAUAUUUUGUAAAUAAAUUCGGUUAGCUCAGUGUAAUUGUCAACACACAGCAAAUCGCACAGCACUAAGUAGGCACCCACAACCAAUACAGCAAUAAAAUUAAACAUGCAUACAGGCGCAUACACACGACUACAUACGCAACUGCAUUUUCCACAUAUAUACGUGCAAACGUAUAAAUAAAUAAAUACAUACAUACACAUUGAUAUAUGUAUAGUGAUAUAUAUGUAUAGUAUAUAUUUAUGCAUAUAGGAUAUAAAUUGAUACAAAAAUGUACACAAACGAUUGAAACUACGCUUGUAGGUGAACAAAAAAUAAAUAAAAACAAAAAUAAAAAAUUAAAUAUACAAAACAACAAAAUAUUAAUUUAUAAUAAGACAAAAAAUAAAAUACUGGUUUAGGUAUGCAAUUAAAUACGAUUUAUAUUUACCGUUACAUUUGCUAAUUUACGAUUUACGAUAUACAUACACAUACAUAGGUACAUAUAUACUUGUAUUCGAAUGCUAAGUGUUCUGUAUCGAACUUUUGAGUUUACUUUUAUUUUGUUUUUCCGUUGUACAAAAUCGAUUAUAUAUAUAUAUUUAUAUGUAUAUGUAAUAUUGUAAAGAACUUAAAGUAAAAAGUAAUAAAAAAUAUAUAUAUAAAAAAUAUUAAAUGUUAAACGAAAAAUAUGGAAAGUCAAGUCAUUUCAAUCGCAGCAUCGCAAUCAUAUUUAUAAACACUUACGUACAAAAAGCAAAAGCAACAACAACAAACAUGUACGCAAUGCAAACUUAAUUGUAAUUAUUAAUUGCUAGCUGCAAAAUGAAAUUAAUUAGUCUAAAGUAAUUAAUUAAUUAACUAUGUAAGGCUUAGUAAGCGAGAAGUGUGUUUGAUAAGUUAUAUAAAUAAAUAAAAACAACUCUUUACAUAUUAAAAUUAAGUGAAAAAAAAUAAAUAUAUAUUAAAAAAAAGAAUGUGGGUCACAAGAAUAUACAACAUAGCUUAUUAUUAAAAGAAAAAAUAAAUAAAAAAAAUUACAGCGAACCUGUUUACGCAUACGCGGAAAGUAUGCUAACCGAUCGGCUAACCGAAAUGUGUGCGCCACUCUUCCGCAUAAGUCAACGCUGCAGCGCAUAUGUAUAAUACUAUAUAAACUACGGGCAUACGGGGUAUGUGGCAGUGUGUUAGUUGAACUUUGUGAGCGUUUUGAAAUAUUUGUUUAUAAAUACAUAAUAAUUUCUUAUAAUAUAAGAGCAAUCCUAAGCAGUAAUUGUCGGCACACAAAGCAACAAACACAGACAAACCAAUGAGAAAUGAAAAAAAAAAUAAAAAUAAUGAAAAAAAAAUUAAUAAACACUGAAAACUAAAAUAUUUUGUAGAUAAUACGAAAAUUAGCAAUUAAAGAGAAAAUAGAAUAAACUGAAAAUACACAAAAACACUUGUAGUUUAUGAAUGAAGAUGAAUGAGGAGUAACGCAAAGGCGAAAGGUCAACAUUUGCAACCAGAAAAGUUAGGAAAAGCAGCAACAAAUAAUUAAAAAGAAUUAAUGCGCUAAUAAAAAUAUAAAUAAAACUAAAAUAAAAUGUAAAAACAACAACUUUGUGUAUUUAAUUCAAAGACUCUACGGCAAUGUUUUGCAAAAAUUAGUAAAAUUCAAAGCAAAACAAAAAAAAAAAAACAAUAAAAUGGGAAAAGUAUAAAGUCAAGCAAUUAGUCAAAGAUAAUUUAACAGCGAAACUCUAGCCAAAAAUAUAUUAAAAAAAUUAUAAAAUUAAUUGUGCUAAACAAAAUAUAUAUAUACAUACAUGUAUGUAUUUAGUGCGGAUGAGCCUUUUUAGCUUAAAACAAAAAAUAAUAAAAAUAAUUACGAAAGCAUUAAAACUUACAUUUUGUGUGUUGUAAAGUAUUCGCUAAGCAAUCAUAUUCUAAAUAAUGAAAAAGCUAACAACAAACACUACUGAAGCUGGAAUUGCAAAAAAAGUUAAAUGAAAAUUAUUAUUGCAUUCGAAGAACAUUGGCACUCAUUUAGUCUAUAUAUGUACAUACAUAAAUACCUAAGCACAUAUCGCUCAUUUGCUGCAAGACCGGCAUAAAUCCAAAAACGUGAUUUUUGAGUUAAUGCUGCAGAAUUGUUCGUUAUAUCAUACUUCAUGUUGAGUGAAAAAUUCAUAUGAAUACCUCUUAUAUUCUCCGCUUGAGAAGAGGUGUAAGGUUGGAGUCACCGUGUAAGGAUAUAGUCAGUUGAAAACUUUAAACGCGUUUUCUGGAGAAUCGAUUUUUUUGACUUAUGCCGGUCUUGCAGCAAAUGAGCAUAUGUAUGUAAAGAGAAAACAGCAGUACUUCAAAGUUCAACCACUUUUAUGGAAAUUCCAUAAGCUUAAAGUUCAGAAUAAGAAUAUUUGAGUACAUUUUAGAGCUAGAACUAGAGCUGGAGGUAGAGCUAAAGAAUCCAUAAAAUUUUUAUAUUUGCAAAAAAGUUUCAUAAAGUCAGACACUGAACCCUACGCAUACAAUACAAUUCUGAAAAGCUUUUAAAAAGCUUAUACAAUUCAAAGCAGAUAUACAGUUCCGAAAAGCUUUUAAUAAGCUUAUACAUCUCAAAAUAGAUAUACAAUUCCGAAAAGCUUUUAAAAAGCUUAUACAACUCAAAGCAGAUAUACAACUCCGAAAAGCUUUUCAAAAGCUUAUACAACUCAAAGCAAAUAUACAAUUCCAAAAAGCUUUUAAAAAGCUUAUACAUUUCAAAACAAAUUUACAAUUCAGAAAAGCUUGCAAAAAGCUUAUACAUCUCAAAAUAAAUGUACAACACAUCUCAAAACGAGUAUGCAACUCAGCAAAGCUUCUGAAAAGCUCAUACGCUUCAAAACAAAUUUACUAUUCAGAAAAGCUUGCAAAAAAACGUUUACAUCUCAAAACAAAAAAAAACGGCUUGCACGUCUUCAAUGAAGUAUACAAUUUAGAAAAGCUUUUAAGCUUAUAUGUACAUGUCAAAAGAAAUAUAAAAUUCAGAAAAACUUUCAAAACGGCUUAUACUCGUCCGUCUUAAAACAAAAAUACAAUUCAGAAAAGCUUUUAAAAAGCUUAUAGACUUCCUUAAAAUGAAAUGUAUAAGAAAAUUUCAAAAUUUUAGCUUUUGAGAGCUUUCAUCAGUCACAUUAUUUCUCAAGAAACUAGAAGCAUCAUUAUAAAAAGCUCCAGUGAAAGAUUUCUCGCUUUUAAAUUCUAAAUUUUAUUUGAAGGUGUAACAAAAAUGCAUUGAAAACUAGAAACAUUAUCACAAAAAACUCUAGUGAAAGCUUACUUAUUUUUAU